UAUAUUUUUGUUUUUAUGCUUUUGUUUUGUUUGUGUACGCUUUUGAUUUUGUUUGGAAGGAAAGAAAAACAAGAGAGGCCGGUUUCCAUCUCCUUCCUCCUCUUCCUUCUUCUGCUUUGGAAGUCGUCCGUUUCCCUUUCUUUUCUUUUCUUUCUCUUUCCUUCUUCUUCGUCUUUCACUUUCCUUAGUAUCUUUAUCAUUAAGAUGGUGGCGGUUUUCCGAUUAUCAAGAACCUGAAGCAGCUUAGAGAGAAGAAAAUAGAUCGUGAUCUUCGAAUCGUCUGAAUCUAUGGAACAGCUCGUCAACUUUAUUAUUCGUCCUCCCAGAGCGGAAUAUGAUCCAAAAAAUGAUUUGUUGGAUCAAGAGUUCAUGCUAAAAGGGAAAUGGUUUCAAAGGAAGGAUCUGGAGGUUGUAAACAGUAGGGGAGAUGUUCUUCAGUGUAGUCAUUAUGUGCCUAUUGUUAGUCCUGAUGGAAAGCCUCUGCCAUGUGUGAUAUACUGCCAUGGAAACAGUGGCUGCAGGGCAGAUGCCAGUGAAGCUGCUAUAAUUUUGCUGCCUUCAAAUAUUACGGUUUUCACCCUUGAUUUCUCAGGAUCUGGCCUUUCUGGAGGGGAGCAUGUUACUCUGGGGUGGCAUGAAAAGGAUGAUCUGAAGGCAGUGGUUGAUCAUCUGCGGGCAGAUGGGAAUGUCUCCUUGAUUGGUUUGUGGGGCCGCUCAAUGGGUGCUGUGACUAGCCUCAUGUAUGGAGCUGAGGAUCCUUCAAUUGCAGGAAUGGUUCUUGACAGUCCCUUCUCUGAUUUGGUUGACUUGAUGAUGGAACUUGUGGAUACCUACAAGUUCCGUCUACCCAAAUUCACUGUGAAAUUUGCAAUCCAGUACAUGCGAAAAGCUAUCCAGAAAAAAGCAAAGUUUGACAUAACAGAUCUGAACACCAUCAAGGUAGCAAAGUCUUGCUUUGUUCCAGUUUUACUAGGCCAUGCCAUUGAUGACGACUUUAUACUGCCUCAUCAUGCAGAUCGUAUAUUCGAAGCUUAUGUGGGAGACAAGAAUAUAAUCAAAUUUGAGGGAGAUCACAACUCUCCACGCCCACAAUUCUAUUUUGAUUCUAUAAAUAUCUUUUUCCACAAUGUUUUGCAACCUCCAGAGGAUGAGGUGGGAGGAACAUUUUUUGACACAAUGUACGACUACUUUGGCAAGGGUAGUUGGACUACUGUGCCUGAAGUAGGACAUGCAGACCAUGGUUCAUCAAGUGCAUCUAAAGCACCAGCAACAAGCAGCACAGAAGACGUCAUUAAACAACUCCGUUCCAAAAGACCCAUGAGUCGGAUGGAGGUUCCCUCUGAUAUUCCAUGUAAAGAUAAGCAGGCCGAAGCAGAGGAAGAAGGAAGCGAAAAAGAUGGUUACUCGUCAUCUUCUGGAAUGAUUAGCUUUGAAUUAUCCAAUGGUCAUCCCUAUGGGCCUCAUGUUCCAACAACAAUAGACGAUGAUCAGUAUGUAGAGUACCCAUUGGAUAACUUGGCAGAUUUCCCAUCCAAUGUAGAGGAAGAAGAAAGGGUGUGUCUAAGUCUUAUGUUCAUGGAAGCGGUGAUUGAAUCAUUAAAGGAGUUGGAGACGAGACACCCUCAUGCAGAAGAUCAACCACCCAAUGUUGGCACUGCUUUGCCUGAAUCUUCAAAAAAAGACAACCAAGAUGCUUCAUCCACUGCAGAGCAAAACGGACCUUUAAGGGCAGCACUUGUUCCUGAUUCAGGAACCAAUUGUCAUGUGGAUGCUUGUUCCACUACAGAGCAAUGUGGAUCUUCGAAGUCACAGCCCACUUCAGCAACCACUGAUCACAAUUUAGCAGUGGACCAGCCAUCUCCUGAUACCAGUGUGUCAUCUGUGGAGCCUGCAUUUGACACACCAAAAUCCUUCAUUGGAUCAGAAAGUACACGGACUACUUCUGCCCAAAGUGAUGAUUCUACGAGCAUCCAGAGCUCAUCAGAUGCUGAUGUGGCUGGAAAUACCAAAGCCACGGUGACAGUUGUAAAGAACCCAGCAAGCCAUAUAAUGGAUGGUUUGAUGCGUAGAUGGGAUUUCAACUUCUUUCGAAACAGUAGAUGAAUUAUCCCAAUUCAUUUGUAUGUUUAGAAAGUUGGUGGUUCAUUGUUUUGUAACAGAAGAAAAUAUCAAGGAUCAUAUAGUGUUGUAAAAUGGUUUGACCAAGAAAGAACCGCUGGAAAUGUGAUUAUGACAGGUGGUUACUUCACAUAUAUGUUGAUCAGAAAAUUUGGGAAA